UCUGGCGCGGCGGGCGGCGGGUUGGGGCCGGACUUCUGAGCACCUCCCAGCAGGGCCUCGAUGACCGGGGUGUCCCGGGCUCCGCCGCGUGGUGUGGACGCGCCGGGCCGGCCUGGCAGGCAACCUCGAUUUGCCGGACUCCGGCGAGGUGCAGGGAGCGGACUCAGAGGAGUCCCUCCCUAGACUUUCAUCGUCCUUUACGAGUGCUUACUGUCGAGUGCUUACUGUCGGCUACGUGCUGUACUAAGCGCUGUGGAUGCACGAUUUCAUUUACUAAGCACAGUCUUAUGAAGUCACCUUGACCUAGGAUUUGAGGAGUCCUGUUGGACUACAGACAGCUGAGCUCCAGAUUGAAUGUGUUGGGACCAUAUCCUGUUUUUCGGUUUCUAUAUUGGAAUUAAUUUGAUAGCACGUAUUGAUGGCUCUAAAGAAGUCAUCGCUCUCACGGGGUUCCAGUGAGAGUGACUCUGAAGAGUUGCCAACAUUUACCUUCUUGAAGAAGGAACCAUCUUCAACAAAGAGGGGGCAGCCUCAGAGGGAGGAGAAGAUCGUUGUGGUUGUCACCUCAGAUUCUGAGGCCUCCUGUCCUCCAUCACCAAGGUUGAAAGCUGUACCGCCUAUCCCAGACACAGCUGAACCUGUCACACAAACAGAGCCAGUCAGGGUGCUAAGCAGUGAAAGUGAGGAUGGGGAAGAAUUAAUGCCCCUGGCUGAGAGGCUUACGUGUAAAUUUUUGACCCGCAAGCAGCUGAGCCCUGAGGAUUCUAGCUCCCCAGUUACAAAUGUAUGGGAUCAUCAAAAUAGUGAAGGAGCAUCAUGUGACUGGAAAAAACAACUCUUUCCAAAGGUCACUGAUCUUCCCCUCCAUGACACCUCGGAGAGACAUGCAUCAAAUAACAAGGACCCUGCAGGAGACAAUCCAUACCAUCAGCUUCCGGCCUUCAAAGCUACCUGCCCUGUCCAGGACAGCAGCUGGACCGUAACCAGAACAAAUGUGGAGGUCCUCCCAUUUCAGAAGAGAACCAGGCAUAGCCAGAAGUUCCAGAGGGGAGGUUCGCAGGGAUGCCAGCCACGGAGACAAGCAAGCCAGGAGCGCGCCCUGAGACAACAGGAGAGAAUGAAGAAGACUGCCCUGGUUAACAGGCUGAAAGCUCAGAGGCCCGAGGAAUGCUUAAAGCACGUCAUCGUGGGGCUGGAUCCAGUGCUUUUGCAGACGGAAGGGGGAGGCCAGCUCCUCGGGGCGCUGCAGUCCAUGGAGUGCCGCUGUGUGAUCGAGGCGCAGGCCGUGCCGUGCAGCAUCACCUGGAGGAGAAGGGCCGGAGCAGCCGAGGUAGAUGGACAGGAGGACUGGGUGGAGGAACCGAUGGUCCUGGUGCUGCUCCCAGCGGAGGCGUUUGUGUCCAUGGUCCAGAACUUCAGGCAGGGAAGUCUGGGCAGCUCCGAGAAGGGGAGGGAAACACUGCGGAGCUUUGUGACUGACGCCACUGCGAGGGCAGCUGGGAAAGCUCUGUCGCUGGUGAUUGUGGAUCAGGAGAAAUGCUUCAGGGCUCCGAACCCUCCAAGAAGAAGGAAGCAGGGCGUGGCAGAUAGGGGACAGGCCAAGGAGAAGCAGCAGAGACAACCAGAGGCCAUCGCAGGGCACGUGGUGUCCAGGGUAGACGUGGAAGAGGCAUUGGUGGACCUGCAGCUGUACACGCAGGCCCAGGCCCGAGUUGUGCGGAGCUGGAAGGAGCUGGCCGACUUCGCAUGCGCGUUCACGAAGGCUGUGGCCGAGGCGCCCUUCAAGAAGCUGCGAGAUCAAACUAGUUUCUCUUUCUGCCUGGAGAGUGACUGGGCUGGAGGAGCAAAGGUAGACCGCGCAGGCAGGGGACUCGCGCUGGUCUGGAGGAGACAGAUUCAGCAGCUGAACCGAGUCAGCCUGGACAUGGCCAGCGCCAUUGUGGACACCUACCCUUCCCCCCAGCUCCUGGUCCAGGCUUACAGGCGGUGUCUCUCAGAGCAAGAACGCCAGAAUUUGCUCGCAGACAUACAGGUGCGCCGCGGGGAAGGCGUGACCGCCACCUCCCGCCGUGUCGGACCAGAGCUAUCCAGGCGCAUCUACCUUCAGAUGACCACUCAGCAGCCAGACCUCUCUUUAGACAGCGCAGACUGAUGCCAGCCCUGGGGGAGCGGGAUGAGAAGCUGGAGAUUUGCACCUCACCCAACUCAGAAGAGAACCCCAGGAAGAGGCCGGGAGCGCCUCCUGAAGCACGAGCCUGGGUCGGCCUCACACACACUCCUUCCUGGGUGUAUCUGCAGAGGUCUCCCUGUCAACGUGGGACAGACUGCCGAGAUACUUGCGUUCACCUCCACAAGCACUGCAUGUCCCUCCCCCAGCCUGCCGGGCACGAAUCACCCUUCCCCCGCAGCCCUCAAAACACAAAGGAACAAAGACAGACCACUCAGACACAUAUUUAAUAACCGUAGAAAUCCAGAAGAACCUCAGCUUCAAAUCUCGAGAUCAUGACUGAACCUCCCUCAGCCGGCUGGCUGGGCCCCGCCUCCCUCUCCCCCACUGAGGCCACCUCAGCCAGCGCCCUGCCUGGGGCUCUGAUCCCUGUGCCGACUUCCCCAUCCUCUUAACCUCAUCUCACAUACUAUGUAUUCGGUUUCAAUAAAGCAUUUGUACCAAUGGCUCUGGAGCUUGGAGGAAGACUAAGGAAUGUGUAGUGAUUCUGAGUAAGGUGUGGGCCUUUGCAGCAGAGCUGUCUGUGGGGGCAAAAGGAACAAGUCACUCUUCCAGUAUGAGGACAGUCACAAGGGCAGUCCUCGCCACAUGAGCCACCGAGGUUGAAAGCUAGACCUCACUGUCUCGGAAUCAUGACAGGUUUUUGCUCUCCUGAGGGAAUGCCAGGAAGCCUGCAAUUGGGAGUUUUCAGUGAGCACCGUGCCGACCAUGUCUUAUCCCUUCCUCUGGCUUCUAUGACAACAGGAGGCCAAGGAGGCCCCAGAGCAAGAAGCAGCUUCAUCGGGCCGGCAGGACAGUCCCACCCGUCUGUGCUAGCCUUUCGGAAACACACCACUUUUUAAACUCCAUGGUGCUACUCGUUUCCCUUCGUUGUGGAGGUGGUUACAGGUCUAGACUCAAACAGUGUGAAACCUCCAGCCCUAAGAAACUUGAGUUUGCAGGCUGCCUCUGACUUUGUCACACUGACUAGCGACAGCUGUCACAGACAGAAUGGCUUCACAACGGUCCACCUCCUCAUUUACUGGCAAUCGGGGAGUUAAUGCUCUAACUGAGCCGAGGAGCCCGGACCGUUUUUGUGAAAGCCACAUAAGCAGGGGCCAGACUCAGCAGGAGCUGCUCGGACCCUCAUGGCUGGGAGAAUUCCAUCCGUGGGACACAAAGCUGCCUACCGUCAAAGAGGCUGCACUCCAGCCGAGAGACGCUCAGUUCCGGUGUGAGUUCUCUUCUCCCCACAUUGUUAAGGAAGUAAAAUGAUGGAGGAUACUGGAGGGGGAGUCUAGUUCUGCCUCAAACUAGCUGGGAGACCACAGGCAAGUCAUGGAAGGCCUCAGUUUCCCUGUCUGCACAUGUUAUAUUGGACUGGAUGGUCCUUUAGUUCCUUUCACAGCCUGAGAUUUUGUAUGGUCGUUAAAAUGUCUGAGGUCCUUAAGAAAAUAGGUACCCCCCCACCCCCCA